UAGGGGAGUGAAUAAGCGUAUUUGGCUGCUUAAAUAUAAUAGGUGGAGACAGAGAUCAGCUUGGAUUCCAAACUGCUAGGCUUGCUACCAAAAAAAUACCAAACCAAACCCAUUGCCGUAGAGUCCAUUCUGACUCAUAGCAACCCUCUAGGACGGAGUGGAGCUGCCCCUUAGGGUUUCCAUAGGCGGCUGGUGGAUUUGAAGUGCCGACCUUUUGUUAGCAGCUGAGCUCCUAACCAGUGUGCCACUAGAGCCCCAGACUUGCUACAGUGGGCCCUAAAUCCAUUAGACAAAAGCUGCCGCACCUUGCUCUGGGGAGUGAGGAUGGCAAGCCCGCCGCCGCCAUCGACGAGUACAAGCCCCAGGAUGCUACCACAAACCCCUCCCUGAUCCUGGCCGCCGCUCAGAUGCCUGCCUACCAGGACCUGGUGGAGGAGGCCAUGGCCUACGGGAAGAAGCUGGGCGGGUCACAAGAGGAACAAAUUAAAAAUGCUAUUGACAAACUUUUUGUGUUGUUUGGAGCAGAAAUACUAAAGAAAAUCCCUGGCCGCGUGUCAACAGAAGUCGACGCAAGGCUCUCCUUUGACAAGGAUGCGAUGGUGGCCCGAGCCCGGCGCCUCAUCGAGCUCUAUAAAGAAGCUGGCAUCAGCAAGGACCGGAUCCUUAUAAAGCUGUCGUCAACGUGGGAAGGAAUUCAGGCUGGAAAGGAGCUGGAGGAGCAGUACGGUAUCCACUGCAACAUGACCCUGCUCUUCUCCUUCGCUCAGGCUGUGGCCUGUGCCGAGGCGGGCGUGACGCUCAUCUCCCCCUUCGUUGGCCGCAUCUUGGACUGGCACGUGGCAAACACGGACAAGAAGUCCUAUGAGCCCCUGGAAGACCCUGGGGUGAAGAGCGUCACCAAAAUUUAUAACUACUACAAGAAGUUCGGCUACAAAACCAUUGUGAUGGGCGCCUCCUUCCGCAACACAGGCGAGGUCAAGGCGCUGGCCGGCUGCGACUUCCUCACCAUCUCGCCCAAGCUGCUUGGGGAGCUGCUCAAGGACACCAGCAAGCUGGUGCCCACACUCUCAGCCAAAGCAGCCCAGGCCAGCGACCUAGAAAAGGUGCACCUGGAUGAGAAGGCCUUCCACUGGCUGCACAACGAAGACCAGAUGGCCGUGGAGAAACUCUCAGAUGGGAUCCGCAGGUUUGCCGCGGACGCCGUGAAGCUGGAGCGGGUGCUCACAGAACGCAUGUCCAGUGCAGAGAAUGGGAAGUAGAGCCAGCACAGGGCCGGACCACAGACCUAUGGGCCUGAGUGCUCAUGCCUUGCGAUGAGUCUUGCGUUUUUUACCAGUUGAAGCAGGGGUGGAUCAUAGAUUUGAUUUUUAUGUAAAAUUUUACCUGAGGCAUUAAAGCUGCCAUUUUCCUGU